AUGGUAAGAACAAAGGAUGUCAACACUUUGGUCACAGAGAUUGUUUGUGAUGAAACAAACAAGUCGUGUAUGUACAGAGAAUGCACACAAUGCAAAGAUAAGGUUCCAAACUUUGACUACACCAAUGAUAAUGGCGAACAGGUAAAAUGGUUUGAGUGGAAGACUAGAAGGGAAGAAAUAGUGGACAAGGGAAAUGAUAGAUCUAGGACUGUAACAAAGACUGUAAAGGACCAAGAUCAAGGUACAAGAGAAGUGUUGGCAUCUGAAAUAAAUGCUGAAAUGCAGAAAGCAUGUAGGCACAUAUUUAACAUUAGGAAUCAAUAUAAAGCACUAAAAUAUUUAAGAUCGAAUUUGACACAUGAAGAAAUAAUGGUUCACAUUGACUUCUCUGAAAAUUAUGCAUGCAAGUACUCAGACGAGAUCCAGUCAAUGCAUUUUGGAGGCUCCAGAAAUCAGCUUUCUCUCCAUACGGGCGUUAUUUAUCUUCGAGAUGAAGUGAUCCCAAUUUGCACUGUGUCCGAUUUUCUGCGGCACGAUCCCGCGGGUAUUUGGGCUCAUCUCACACCCAUUUUGAAAUAUGUCACAGAAGAUAGGAAUCUCACAAGCAUUCAUUUCAUAAGUGAUGGGCCAACUACCCAAUACCGCAAUAAAAAUAACAUUUACUUGUGGGGACAUAAGAUCGCUGAGUACGGCUUCAAGAAAUCUACUUGGAAUUUCCUAGAAGCAGCACAUGGGAAAGGUGCCGCUGAUGGCGUCGGCGCUGCUGUUAAACGUGCAGCCGACCAACAGGUCAUAUUGAAAAAGAAUGACAUAACGUGUGCUAAGGACUUCUAUCAGCUUUUAUCUGGUGGUACAUCUACAUCCACAGUGAAAAUGUUUCUGGUUGAAGAGAAUGAACUCAAGAAAGUUGAUGCUGAAUUACCUAGUGACCUUCGUCCUAUUCCAAGCACAAUGAAAAUCCACCAGAUGAUCAUUGAGGGUCCGGAUUCAUUCGCUACGAAAGUGGUGUCAUGUUUCUGUAAGCAUCCAACAACGUUAUUGUGUGACUGUUAUCAGCCAGAUACUCACCAGUUGCCCCCGAGAAAGUUGCCAGCAGACGAUGAAGGAAAGCAAUUGAAACAAGCUACUGAAGAGACGUCUAAGGUAAAGACGUCUAUGGUAGAAAAGGCAAGUUCCAUUCAAAAUUACAUGUGUGUGGCCUUUCUAAAAACAUGCGCUGUUUACUAA